AUGUCCAGACUAUCGACAGACAUGUUCCUGAACAUGGUCCGGCACCGCCGCUCAGUCUAUCCCCUAACUAAGGACCUGGGCAGCGUGACGGCGCAGCGCAUCCUGUCCAUCGUGAGCGAGACGGCCAAGCACACGCCGUCGGCCUUCAACCUCCAGGCCAACCGGACGCUCGUCCUCUUCGGCGCCGACAACGACAAGCUCUGGGAGGAGACGCGCGACAUCCUGCGCGGCCUCGUCGCCCCGGACAGGUGGGAGGGCACCUCGGCGCGCAUGGACAUGCUCGCGGCCGCGGCCGGCACCGUCCUCUUCUUCCGCGACGAGCCCACCCUCCAGGCCGGCAGGGACAGGCUCCCCGUCUUCGCCGACAGGCUCGCCGGCUGGGCGGACCAGGGACUGGGCAUGCAGCAGUGGAUCACCUGGACCGCCCUCGAGCUCGAGGGCCUCGGCGCCAACCUGCAGCACUACAACCCGCUCGUGGACGGCAAGGUCAGGGAGCACUGGGGCGUGCCCGACGGCUGGGUGCUCGACGCGCAGCUCGUCUUCGGCGGCAGGGUAGAGGGCCACGAGCCGGCCGAGAAGUCGUUCGUUCCCGUCGAGGAUAGGGUCAGGAGUUUUGGAGCGUAG